AUGGACGAUAUUCCAGCGACCGACAACGGCGUCAAAGGCGAGCCGGAAUCUCUCAAGAACAAAACCCUCGAAACCGGGGCAGCGAUGGUCCAGAAGUUCGAGCCCCCGAAGAGACUGUGCGCUCACCUCAAUGCUUUCCAUACCUAUGCAUCUCAGCCAGGCCGCCACGUUGAAGCGAACCACUACUGCGCACACCUCAACAACGACGUCCGCCAAUGCAUUCUCUACGACAGCGACAAAGCCGACGCCAGAUUGAUCGGGAUCGAGUACAUGAUCAAACCGCAUCUGUACGAGAAGCUGGACGCCGAGGAAAGGAAGCUGUGGCACAGCCACGUCUUCGAGGUCAAGAGCGGUAUGCUCAUCAUGCCUGCACCGAAAGGUGUUCCGGACGCCGUGUGGGAGAUUGCAGAGAACAAGGAGAUGGAGGAGGUGGUCGUCCUAUACGGCAAGGUCUUCCAUCUCUGGCAGACGGAUCGCGGAGAUGAGUUGCCGCUUGGGCAGCCGCAGCUUAUGCAGAGCUUUACUGCAAGGGACCAAUUUGACUUUGAUACAGUGGUGGGCGAGCGGGACAGGAGGUUCGGAGUGGAUAGCUCGCACAAGGCGAAGAUACGCGAGCAUAUCGAGGUGCCAAAGUUGCAUGCUGAUGUCGAUAGCUGCUGGGGUGGUAAAGGUGUAGGUCAUGAUCAGUAA